AGAGUAAGAGGCAAAAAGACAUACAACACCGGGGAUUCCCCAGUCGUCACCGACCUGAGUACUAGUCCGGCGGUCAGUAGCUUGUCUAAGGGAGAGCGGACGGGAUCCCGAAUUCUCUACUGCCUAUGGUCGUAUGUACUAGCAAUUAAGGGGAGUGAGGUUUAUAAGCGGCCCAUCUCACCUAGCAAUUCAAGUCAUUUUUAG